AUGAAACCAAAAAAUAUGGCAAAUGGAUGUUGUACUAAUACUUUAUGUGUUGAUCGAGAAACACAAUUACGUUUAGCUCGUCUUCGUGAAGAAUUAUUAACAAAUUUUAAUAAUCUUCUAUUGGAUCGUAUUCGUUUUCUUGAACAAACAAUUCAUCGUUUGUCAUCAUCAUCAUCAUCAUCAUCAAUACCAAAAGCAACAACAUCAACAUCUCCAUAUAAAAGUCCAAUACAAGCAUCUAUAAGUCCAGAUCGACUUUCAACACCAGCAUUACUUCGACGUAGUUCAUCAACAACAACUUAUUUUCUUUUAAGUCCAACGAAUCAAAAUUUACUUGGAAAUGGAGCAAGUGCUCGUUCAUGUCCAUCUAGUGUUGAUUUAUCAAGUAGUGAUCGACGAACAAGAUUUUUUCCACCAAAAAAAUUUUCACAAUCACAACUAAGACAAUCAUCUGAAAGUCAUAGCAAUCAUUUAUCAAUACCUAUGGAUGCACAAUGGUCGAUCUUAACUAAUGAACUCGUAUCAAAUACUAAUGUUAAUAAUGAGAAAGGUCGUCUAGAAUCAAGACGUUUUGCAUGUGAUGUUGACGAUAAUGAAGUGCGUGCAUUCAAAGCUAUGAUCUAUAUGGAACAAGCUCGGAAACAACAUGCACGACCACUAACUCGUUUACGACAAGCAUUGGGUAUAUCGACUAGUUCUAAUGCAGGAAGUUAUGCAUUAAACAGUUCUAAAAAGCAUUCGAAUACUUAA